GUGAUCGAAACUAGUUUGGCGCGUGGUUGAAUUUAAAUCGUUUCUGACGGCACCUUUUCCGUCUGCCUUUCAGAAGGACACUCCUGCGCAAUUAUUGAAGAAGGACAAAACCUGAAGAGAACAGUUGACUAGCCUACGUGUUGCGUAAUAGACGUUCCGUCUCAAUCCCUGGACUUCUCCCUUGUCUGUAUGUUAUAAUUGGCGACCCUGCCAGGAUCAAGAAAUAAUGGCAAAGCCAGGUAAACCAUCCGAUGAAGAAAUUCGGCCGCUGACCUCCGAUCCGGGGGUAAGGAUUGCUUUUGCUUUGGAAUCCUUGUCGGACGCCAUGCAGAAGAUGACAACAAACCUGACACCCGCUCCUUCCACACCCCCGUUACCCCCUCCGGAAAAAUUUUUACCAGGCACGCCCUAUCUCCGAUGGGAGAAACAAGUGCAGAUGUACAUCAAGCACUUUCCAGCCCAACAACGCGGUACUGUUAUCAUGGGCCUACUAGCAGGCGAGGCAUUUGACAAAGUUAUGGAUAGUAAAGUGUUGGAUGGAGAAAUCACCAUGGAAACGUUCGCUGCUCUUCGCCGUAUCUUAGAUCGGCCCGGCCUGCCCGACGAACUGCGCAAAGUUUUCCAUGCCCGGUAUCAAAGACCGGGAGAAAACGUAGAAACAUUCGUUCGCGAACUUCGGAGGAUGGCCGUAACUGCCUACGCAGAUGAAACGCAAGAACAACAGGACGAGCGCGUUUUAGAGCAGUUGCUCGAGGGCAUCCAAACUCCCUCGGUAAAAAGGGAGUUUCGUUUACGACGCCCUACAUGUCUUCAGGCAGCCCUAACAGUGUCAGAUCAACUAGAGCAAGUGGACGCGUCCAUGGGCCCCAUGGAACCAUGUUGCGCGCUGAAGCGAUACAGUCCCACUAGCUUCCAGCCACCAGAACGAAGAAAUUGGAAUCGCUUUCCGUAUCAAUGGGAUUACUCGCGACGUCCAGUACAAUCGAACUUUCGAAGGCCCCGUCCUCCCCCACCAAGAAGAAGAAAUUCCCCGCCAAGCCGUGGCAGCCGAAAUCGUCAAGGUGAGUGCGACCAUGUGAAGUCAGUUUUCAUUCCCGCUGUCACAUGUACAACGUCCGCAUUCUCAUUAACGGUAGAGCUAAUCAUAGCAGGAGUGCCACUGGUAGGUCUAAUUGACACAGGGGCAUGCAGGAGCUUAGUCCGAGCUAACAUAACCAAAUCUCUGACAGAUUGUGUGUGGACACCAUGCCGCUAUCGUCUGACCGCUGCUAAUGGGGAACCCCUGUCUGUUCGGGAAUCUAUCACUGCUCAGGUACACAUUGCUAAUGAGAAGUUCCGCCACGAGUUUAUUGUCGCUGAUAACAUCCCAUUUUCGGUAAUCAUUGGAAUGGAUUUAUUGAGGCGUCUGAGAUGUCACUUAGAUCUAGACAAAUGCCAGUUGAUCACCGAAAGUUGCGUUGUAUUGCUCAGACAAGGCCAGGCCGACAGUCUUGAAACGUUUACGAUUUGUGGGAGCUCCUCUGACGAGGAACACCGGGUAGACACGUUUAUCCGCUCUCUCGAAUUGCCAACGGACGAGCGAACGUUGGGAAAGCUCAAAGAAGUGCUGCUAGCCCACUCUGAUGCAUUCGCCUGGCAGACUGGAGACCUGGGCCGCACCAGCGUCGUGAAACACCUAAUCGACACGGGGAAUACGACCCCGAUUAAGACUCACCCAAGACGGAUCCCAGUGCACUGGCAAGGCGAGCUGCAAAAGCUCAUAGGCGAGAUGUUGAAAAAGGAAGUUAUACGACCCUCUACUUCUCCAUGGGCAGCCCCAGUCGUCUUGGUAAAGAAGAAAGACGGUGGUUUUAGGCUGUGUGUUGAUUAUAGGCGGCUAAACGAAGUCACGCGGAAAGAUGCAUACCCACUGCCCAGAAUUGAUGACCUUUUCGACGCGCUCGGAGGAUCAGCUUAUUUCAGCACGCUAGAUUUGGUGUCUGGUUAUUGGCAAGUGGAGGUUGAAGAGAGUGAUCGAGCGAAGACAGCCUUUGUAGUCCCUUCAGGCCUUUAUGAGUUUCAAACAAUGCCUUUCGGCCUAUCAAACGCUCCUGCAACGUUUCAACGCCUUAUGCAGAAAGUGCUUCACGAUUUAAUUCCUCACAAGUGUCUCGUCUAUCUGGACGAUGUCAUCGUACAUGGGAGAACGAAGGAGGAACAUCUAAGCAAUCUAGCUGAAGUGUUAACGUGUCUAAUCAAUGUAGGUUUGAAACUCCAACCAAAAAAUGUCGCUUACUACAAGAAGAAGUUACCUAUCUCGGACACAUCAUCUCUAGGGCAGGCAUCCGGACAGAUCCGCGCAAGACAGAUCAGGUAAAGGCGUGGCCAAUCCCUACUAAUGCCGAGGAGUUACGCAGUUUCUUAGGACUGGCGUCAUACUACCGUCGAUUCAUAAAAGGGUUCUCGGAAGUCGCAGCCCCUUUAAACGCGUUGUUGCAGAAUAAUCGCAAUUUCGAUUGGACUGUCGAAUGUCAAACGGGCUUCGAUCGAUUGCGUGAGUCUCUGUGUACCGCCCCGAUGUUAAUCUUCCCCGACUUGUCACCACACGCUGGGGAGUUUAUUUUGGACACGGAUGCCAGCGAUCAGGCCAUUGGAGCGGUUUUGUCACAAAAAGGGCGGGAUGGCAUAGAGAGAGUGGUUUCAUACAGUAGUAGAAGCCUUACGUCAAGAGAAAGAAAUUACUGUACGACAAGGAAAGAAAUGUUGGCGUUGGUGUUUUUCAUAAAACAAAAUCGGCACUACCUUUUAGGAAGAAAAUUCGUAGUACGGACUGAUCACCAAUCACUCAGGUGGUUGCAGAACUUCAGGGACCCUGAGGGGCAGAUUGCUCGAUGGCAGGAGCAGCUACAGGAGUAUGAGUUCGAAUGUCACCAUCGGCCUGGGAAACUACACGGCAACGCGGACGCGCUAUCGAGGAUUCCUUCUCGAGAUCACGGAAAUUGUCCUUCCUGCAUUACGCAACACGUAGCGCUAGUCAACCUACAAAAAGCCGAGUAUGGUCGUUGGCAAGAAGCACAGGCUUCGGACCCAGACAUAUCACUUAUCUACCACGAGCGGCGCUCGGGAAGGGACAAACCAGCCCCGAAAGAAAUGGAAGGGAAAAGCUACGAAGCUCGGUGCUUGUGGGCGAUGUGGGAUAAACUCGCCAUCGAAGAGGGUGUGUUGGUCUUCGAUUUCGGCCCCACGUACCUGAGGAGGAUCGUAGUUCCACAGGCGUUAGUUACGGAAGUGCUGUCGGAACUGCACCAACAGCUGGGACACGCUGGAAUCAAUAAACUCGAAUCGGCGGCGCGUCGACGAUUUUGGUGGCCGCAUCAACGAAGAGACAUUGUCAACUUCUGCCAAACUUGCGAAAGAUGCGCGACGUUCAAAAAUCCGCCUAUUGCCCAUAGGGCGCCAUUACAAUCCAUGACAGCAGGUUACCCGAACGAAAUAGUUGGAGUAGACCUCGUUGGUCCACUACCGGAAACGCCGAGAGGGAAUCGCUACAUUCUAGUCAUGGUAGACUACUUCACCAAAUGGUGCGAAGCCGUGCCAAUCGCGCAGGCUGAUACUCUCACUGUGGCAACAGCGAUGACUAACCACUGGGUUUGCCAAUGGGGAGCGCCUGGGCAAUUGCAUUCCGAUAGGGGAUCAUGUUUCGAAAGCUCACUGGUCCAGGAGAUGUGCAGAGCACUUGGUAUCGAUAAAACGCGAACAACGGCCUACCAUCCACAAGGGAACGGACAGGUUGAACGUACGAAUCGGUCGUUGAAGUCACUCUUGAAGGCGUUCGUGGACCAGAACAUUUACGAGUGGGACACGUUGUUGCCUAAAUGCUUAUUGGCCUAUCGCAGUACGGUCCACUCUUCUACCGGACAAACGCCGUCGUUUAUGUGGACGGGUAGAGAAGUUCGGUUGCCCUCGGAUGUCCGAUUACCGAGAUCACAACAGGUGUACCCGUCGGUCGCUGAAUACGUCAGUAAGCUCCUUGACUCCGUUCGACGCACACACGAAGCAGCACGCAUUCACUUGGCGAACGCUCAACGGCGACAGAAGGAAUACUACGACAAGAAGGUCUUCGGUGUCCCGUUGAAAGCAGGCGACCUCGUAUAUUUGCAUCAGGCACCGGUAUCCGGAAUACCAGCGAAGCUGCAUCGUGAGUGGGCUGGCCCCUACGUGGUAGACCGAAUAAUAUCUGAUCUAACUUGUGUGAUUAGGGACCCAAAGAACGCCGUCGGGCCGCACAUGGUCGUACACUUUAAUCGGCUUAAACCUUUCCAUAUCGAACCUGAGCAUUCGGAUGAGGAGCACCACAAUGAGCCACCGACAGAAGUAGCCACCGAAGUUGAAGUACCAGCUCAAGGGGGCUUUGGUGUGGCAACGGGGACGUUGCCUACAUAGAAGGGGUGCGGUGUAAAGAGUGAUCGAAACUAGUUUGGCGCGUGGUUGAAUUUAAAUCGUUGCUCUGACGGCACCUUUUCCGUCUGCCUUUCAGAAGGACACUCCUGCGCAAUUAUUGAAGAAGGACAAAAACCUGAAGAGAACAGUUGACUAGCCUACGUGUUGCGUAAUAGACGUUCCGUCUCAAUCCCUGGACUUCUCCCUUGUCUGUAUGUUAUA